AUGGCAGGUGCGGAGAAAGACAACGAACUGAAUUUGCAGAUGCUGGCCCACGAAAGGGCGAAGUACUUCCGGGCAGUGCGGCGGCUCUUUCAACAGCUCGACAAGAAUGGUGAUGGUGGCAUAACUGUCAAGGAGUUUGAGGUGGCGCUGGAAGAUCCGACGCUGAUGCAAGUGUUCGACGCCCUGGAAAUAAGCGCGGACGAUGCUUGGACUUUGUUCACCCAGUUGGACUCAGAUGGUGAUGCCCACGUCGAUGCGGAGGAGUUUCUCGAAGGAUGCAUGCUUCUUAAAGGGCCUGCGAGAUCGAUAGACGAAGCUCCGCUGGAUUCUGUUUUCAAGACAGUUUGGGUGAUGGAGACCGCAGGAAAUGCAGAAUUUCAGAAUGUAAUGGGCAUGAAGAGGGACCUGGCCGUCGUGAAAAUGCGCUUGGAGCAGCAGGUGUCCGCAUUGUUGGCCGCGAAUCUGAGCUCUUCAUAG